AUGAAUCCACUUAUAUUCAAUCAUAUGCGGUCCCUUCACUAUGCUGUUCUCCGUAACCGCCAUGUCAUCUCCCCAAAAAUUGUCAUGGUCGCGAAUCGACAACAUACUACAAACACAAAACCCGCUAACAAGUCCUCCUGGACCCAUCCUGUAUAUACCCGAGAAGAGAUCCUCGCUGUCCGAACAGCCCAUCACAAAGCACACACCUGGCAAGAUAAAGUAGCACUUGGCUCCGUUCGGUUCCUUCGAUGGGGCAUGGACCUUGUCACGGGCUAUAAACCACAGUCUUUGGUAGGUUCAAGCGUGCAGGGAUACGCCAUGUCGGAGGAGAAGUGGAUCACACGAUUCAUCUUUCUAGAAAGUGUAGCCGGUGUCCCUGGAAUGGCAGCUGGCAUGCUCCGUCACCUCAAAAGCCUACGACAGAUGAAGAGAGAUCACGGAUGGAUUGAAACCCUUCUUGAGGAAGCCUACAACGAGCGCAUGCACCUUCUCACAUUCCUCAAACUCGCAGAGCCAGGCCCUCUAAUGCGACUCAUGGUCCUCGGUGCACAAUGCGUUUUCUUCAGUGGCUUCUCUGCUGCCUACAUGAUCUCCCCACAAAUCUGCCAUCGAUUCGUCGGAUACCUCGAAGAGGAAGCUGUGAUAACCUACUCAAAAGCAAUCACCGAUCUUGACAACGGCCACCUCCCACGAUGGGAGAAUCUGCAAGCUCCACAGAUGGCAAUCAAGUACUGGCAAAUGCCCGAGGGUCAGCGCUGUAUUCAAUCGCUGCUGUUGUAUGUACGCGCGGAUGAAGCAAAACAUCGAGAGGUCAAUCAUACACUUGGGAAUCUGAAUCAGACGGAUCCUAAUCCGUUCUCGGCCAAGUUCAAGGUCCAGGAUGCGCUGUCUCAGCUGCAAGUUGGCGGUACAAAGAAGGAGGCCUAG